GCUCCCCGGGCCCGCGGGCGAGGCAACGGGACGGCGGGGUCGAGCCGACGGCAGCCCCGGCCCCGCUGUCCGCCCGCCGAGCAGCCCCCGGCGGCCCCGGCAUCCUCCGUGUCCUCCGUGAGCGGCCCCCGACGGCCCCGGCAUCCCCCGAGGUUGCUCUGGGUUUACAACCGAUCGUACGUGCCGCGGUAAAUUCCCGUCCGUGCAGCAGAGACCUUCAUCGGCAGCUCCAAACCGCGCAGAAGCACGGACCCGGUGCCCCACGGUUUUGUGCUAAACGAGGGCUCGAGCAGUUGUUUGAUGCACUGGAAACGUUUAAGCUGAACCAAGAUGACGACAGCUGCCCCACUGAUCAGCAACACCCAGCUCUCAGCAAACGUCACCACAAAGUCUCAAGAACAGAGUCUCUAUCAAAGUUCUGGAGCAAUAGUUGCUGCCAUUGUAGUAGGAGUGAUUGUUAUUUUUACAGUGGUUCUGCUCAUAUUGAAAACAUAUAACAGGCGCACGAGAGUGAAGCGGGAGCUGGAGCCCAAAGCCACCAAGCCAGGGAUGCCACCUGCCUUAGGGCAGAACAGCAGCAGCCUCUCUCAGCAUCCCACGGUGACCUUCAUACCUGUGGAUAUCCACAUGCACCACAGAUUGUAAUGAGUCCUGCUUUCUCUCCUGGGGAGGAAAAGGUCUGGACACUUUUCCUGUGACUGAAAUCAGCUGGUGGAGGCGUACGGAUCAUGCCGAGGGCAGUGAGCCUUCUCAGAGCUCCGAGUGUGGAGCAGCCGAAUGAACCAAGCCUGUUCCUGGGAGGAAAUGAUGCUCACCCCUGUUUCCUGGAGCUUUUGCUUGCUCAGAGUUUGAGCCUUUUCUGAUCUGCAACGACUGAUGAUAAACUGUAAGGAAAAUCUGGACAUGCAAGUGGCAGCUCAGGCCAAACCUGGGUUUGUGCUGAUUUACUGGAACAGGUUUGUGGUGUCUGAUCCGUGAUGGAUCCUACAGGAACUAUCGAAACCCUAUUUAUCUUCACUCACCUUUUGUGUUUCUAGUGCCACAUGUGUAUGGUUUGAGACAAAAA